UAACUGAAGACUUUUCACUGGUGAGAGUCUGCCAGAACACCGGUAAUGGGAACUGUUGUCGGUCUGGAAAAGACGUUCUGAUUGGCCCGAGCUGCACUCGUUCUACUCAGCGCUCCCAUAUAAACCCGUGCAGACUUGACAUCGGCGUUAUCUGUCAUGCAAGUCAAAGGGAUAGACAGGAGAAGCUUGUAGAGAAAUUACCGGCAGCCUAUACUUGUAACAUCCCACAUUUGUUCAGCAGAAGCUUUUGGAGCGUUAUUCUUCUGAAUUACACACAGAGCAGGAGGCGUCUCUUUUCUAUUUAGUUGUAUGAUCUCCUGUGCUAAGAGGACGAUGCCUUUGAGGACCGGACUUUUUCUCCUGAUGGUGCUGAAUGCAUCUGCAUAUGAACUGGAUCAGAACGAGUCCUAUUCGCCCAGGAGAACACGCUUUUCAGCCAAUAGCCCUUCAGAUGUGGCACGCUGUCUCAACGGUGCCCUGCAAGUGGGCUGUGGAGUCUUCGCCUGCCUGGAAAACUCAACUUGUGACACAGAUGGCAUGCAUGACAUCUGCAAGUCCUUCCUGUACAGUGCUGCUAAAUUUGACACUCAGGGUAAAGCAUUUGUGAAGGAGAGCCUUAAGUGCAUUGCCAAUGGCAUUACCUCCAAGGCAUUUCCCACCAUCCGUCGCUGCUCCGCCUUCCAAAAAAUGAUCACUGAAGUCCAAGUGGAGUGUUACAGCAAGCUGGAUAUCUGCACGGUUGCCCGGUCUAAUCCAGAUGCUAUUGGUGAAGUGGCUCAGCUGCCAAGUCACUUCCCAAAUAGGUUUUAUGGUAAGCUGCUACAGAGCCUGAUGGACUGUGAUGAGGACACAGUGGACCGCAUUAGGACCAGCAUGGUGUCACGGCUGGGCCCAGAGAUGACCGUGCUUGUUCAGCUGCUGCAGAGCAAGCCCUGCCCAUCCACUGCUGUGGCUGCAGCUGCCGCCAUCCCGACAGGAGUGGAGGGCCGUGGGAGCUGGCGCUGGUCCAUGAGUCCCCAUAUGUACAAGAUCCAGCCUAAUCUGCGAAAUAGAGACUCUGCCAGUCAUUUAGGCAAAAAGCGCUCAGCCAGUGACGGCUCCUAACUUGCACUUAGAUUCAGAAAACUCCACACACUCCUUAAAAAUCAUGAAAGCUCCUCAAUUCCCUCGGGGUGACACAAUCCAUUCCUCUGCUAGACUGGAAGUUACUGAAAUGUGCACCUCUAGGGAAUGUCGGACUGCCCAUAGAGUCGAUAUCAGUUUGAUUGUUGUAAUAUUGUAUAUCCUCCGCAUUAGGCUUGAGAGAACCCCUCUUCCAUCGACUGUUUUCAGAUAUGUCACAGUCAGUGUUGAACAUGUGGCUGUUGGUCCUAAAUGCUCCUUUUCCACAUCCUCCAAGAGAAAUAAUUCCUAAAGAAGUCAGAGGUAUUUUCAUGCCAAGUAAAGCAAAUAAGCCGAGAGAAAUAUAACAGCCAUAGCGGCCCAUUCCCCUUGAGCCAGUGCAUUAAAAGACAAAUGCCACUUCAUAAUUUCAAUUUCAUGAAUUUGUAGGAAUGGGAAUAUAUUAAUAGAUGUUUCCAAUAUUUCAGCAGUGAGACCAGUUCAGUUGUGAGCGUCAUAGCACCAACAUAACACUUAAAUGUACUGUAUACUAAGUCAGAGACAGCCAUAGCCAGCCCUCUAAACGAGUGCUCAAACAGAGUGAGGUCUGUAGAGGUUUCACAAUAAACUUUGGGAGGUUGUCUUGAAACUGACCAAAAUAAUCUUCAAACUGCCCUUGAAUGCUAUUCAUGAUAAACCAAAAUUGUUUAUAGCUAUAGCACUUAGAUGUUUAGUUUCUUUGUUUUUCUUCAAACUGCAGAUGUAGACAUGGUCAUGUGUUUCAAAUCAUUACUCUGCACAGGAAGAUUGUCCAGGUUGUGGCCACAUCUAUAAGAAAAGUCCUAUUUGCAUAUCUUUUUGUCUCAGACAAUAAGACUGUUGAGCACUGCAGUAUAUAUGGGACCAUAUUUAAUUGGAUCUGUAUCCACGCUCUUAGCUGAGAGUGAAGCAGUUGUAUAUGUGCCGUAGCUGAAUAACAUGUUCACCAAAGGGAGUGAGAGCAGCCAUCCUCCUCAACUGAUGAUUUUCACUCUCUGAGGUCAAGCGUGUGAGGCACACACUGACUUCUUGUGUCAAGAUGGAAGAUGACUAUUUAAAAAAAA